UUCUCUUCUCCGCCAUCCUAUGUGCGGUUGAGUUCUGUCUGCACCAUGUCUUCUCACAAGACUUUCAGGAUCAAGCGAUUCCUGGCCAAGAAGCAAAAGCAGAAUCGUCCCAUUCCUCAAUGGAUUCGAAUGAAAACUGGCAAUAAAAUUAGGUACAACUCCAAGAGAAGACAUUGGAGAAGAACCAAGCUGGGUCUAUAAGAAGCCUCACAUAAAAAGUGGCACAUAUGUUAAGAUCACUUAUUUAAGCAGCCGUAUCACAGUGAGAACAUCACUACUGUAAUGCUUGGCUCCUGAUGGUUCUUAUUUCCUCACUAUCAGUCUGAGACCAGUAAUAAAUAUGAUACGUUACGUUGGAACUGUUAUUGUAUUAUAUGGUUUGUGAUGACGUACUGAAUAAAUACUCCUGUCAGGACACAGGGCUGUCCAAUGAUAGAAAUGUUCUCUAGCUACCAAGUACUUAGAAGUACUAGUAAGUACUAGAAGCUAGUAAAUUAGGAACUGUCUUUUUAAAAGCUUUGUUGUCUUAUGGUUCCCUAUAACUAGCAGCUCUUAAACCUACUGUUACAGGAAGUACACAUAUGUGUCAUCCUUGUACCUGAACGCAGCACCUUUUUAAAAUAAACUGUUGGGGGGGGAUGCCUUGCCACAAGACAUGCAGGAUCUUAGUUCCCCAACCAGGGAUUGAACCCACUUGGCUGCCAGGAAAGUCCCAUAAAAAGCAUGUUUAUAUGCUAUUCUAUGAUGGGAACCAGGGUUUGGCAAACUGGUCUCCCACCUGUUUUUGUAUGGUCUGUGAACUGAAGUUCUGCAUUUUUAAAUGGUUGAAAAAAUCAAAUAUUUUUGACAUUUAAUAAAUUCAAGUUUACCUACCAG